AUGGGCCCCCAUCGUCUUCUCUACCAAGCUCUAUGCAAAGCCGGUGAUAAAUUGGUUUAUCCCAUACUGCCAGCAUUCGCAAAACCAGCUUGGAAUCAUGCUGCUGGUCCAAAAACUGUGUUCUUCUGGGCUCCAACGAUCAAGUGGGCGCUAGUCGGCGCGGGGCUAGCCGAUUUGGCCCGACCAGCUGAUAAGUUGUCAGUCUAUCAGAACUCUGCACUAUUCGCAACAGGAGCCAUCUGGACUCGUUACUGUCUUGUGAUUACACCAGUCAAUUAUUAUCUCAGCAGUGUGAACUUUUUCGUGAUGUGCACUGGACUGGCCCAACUUUGCAGAGUUGCUCAUUACAGAUACCAAAAUCCUGAUUGGGAGACAAAAGAGAUUAUGGAGACCCAUUAA